AACGCGGACGUUUCCAAAAUCUGUAAUCAUCCCCCAACUCCCAUUGUUUGAAUUACGUUCUUGCCUUUCUCGCUCCUUCAGGCAAGGAUGUAAGACAUGACUAUCUGAUUUUGUUCCGGUCUCGGAUGCAAAGAUGAAUGCAGAGCUGUUGGAGAUUCAACCUAAAGAACUUAAGUUCAUAUUUGAAUCCAAGAAACAAAGCUCUUGUUCUGUUCGACUGACCAAUAAAUCGGAUUACCAUGUCGCUUUUAAGGUUAAAACUACCUGUUCACAGAAAUACUGUGUUAGACCAAAUACUGGAGUUGUUAAGCCAAGUCUAACAUGUGAUUUCACAGUUACUAUGCAAGCGCAAAACGUAGCACCUACGGACUUCAUAUGCAUGGACAAGUUCUUAAUUCAAAGCACUAUUGUUCCCCCCGGGACAAAAGAGGAGCAUAUCACGUCUACCACGUUUCAAGGGGAUGACAAGCAUAUUGAGGAAAAGAAGCUUAGAGUGAUCCUUGUUAGUCCACCCCACUCACCAGUAUUGUCGCCAAUGAACGAAAUUUCGAGGAUGAGGCCAUAUAAUGCAGCCACAGAAUCAAAAGACGAUUUAGUUCAAAACAAUCGGUCUCGUGCCAAGGUUGACGAGGACAUAGAAAUAGAGGUGUCCAGAAGAGGUAGUCGACUUGUAGAGACAGUGAAGAAUGAACAAUCUAUAGAGAGAAAGCAUACAGAAGAGCUGAGAUUAUCCAACGAUGUAGAAGAGAUGAAGUCAAAACUGAGAGAACUCGAGUCAAUUCUUAGACAGGACAGCAAACUGAGAACCGAACGAAGCACAGAACCAAGAGCGCAGAUUGGAUUCCAAUUGGUGUUUGUUUUUGUGGUGGCAGUUGCUAGCCUUUACCUCGGAUACCUGUUGCACGGCUGAUGAACACGUAUUAGCAGGUGGAGACUGGCAUUAUGUUUAUAGGCUGGUGCUUGUGACCAGGUUAGUGUCUAUAUGUGCGAGUGCAACUUCUUAAUCAAAUAUGGCAGCAACAGCAUAGCUUGGUUUUCCGGUAACUACUACAUCAAACUGCUCUAUUGUCCUUUUUCUGUCACUGUCUCACUUCUAUUUUUGUUUCCAUACCAUAAAAACACCAUUUGCUUCUAUAUGAAAAUUGCAACCUU